ACGGUAUUUUGAGUGAAGACUGGUGGGGAAUUUGGUUGUUUGGCGCUCUAGCAGCCAUAGAUAUAUAUAUAAGUCACCUUUUCGGCUUAAUCGUGGAAAACUCAAUGGCAGCCCCAGGUCCGAAUAAGGACAACAUCAGAGCUGGGUGCAAAAAAUGUGGAUACCCGGGUCACUUGACAUUUGAAUGCCGGAACUUUGUCAGAGUUGACCCCCAGAAAGACAUUGUUCUGGAUGUAAGCAGCACCAGCAGUGAGGAGAGUGAAGAUGACGUGCCUGCAGCUCAGCGCAAUGAGAAGCUGGGGCGAGGUAGAGGUAAACAAUGUUCCCAUGAUGAUGACAACAAUGGUAGAAAAGAGAGACACAAACUGAAGAAGACCAGGGACAGAAAGUCAAGAAAAAGAUCUAACUCGUCAAGUGAUGACGCCACAAAGAAGAAAAAGAAACGCAGCAGCUCCUCAUCUGACGAAGAAGAGAGGAGGAAGAAAAAGAAAGGGAAGAGCCAGAAGAAGAAAAGCAAAAAGAACAAAAGGGAACACGGCAAGCAUCAGAAGAAGAAACUGAAGAAGAAGAAAGAAGAAUCAUCUUCCUCUUCCUCUUCUUCCAGCUCCAGUGACUCCUCAGAUAGUGACUGAGACAACUGUGCAGUGUCUCCAGGUCCAAUAUAUUUAUUCUCCUUUUCAUGAAAAGUCUCCAUUGCUGAGACAAUGGUUUAAAUGAUAAAACCAGACUGUAGAGUGCAUCGUACACUGCAGAUAUUAGUUUUAUACCAUCAUGCAGAUGAAACAAACGUGUUUGAGUUUCAUUAAAACAUUGUAGAAAACAUGUACAAAGCCAGGGAACAUGGUUGUAUCUUUAAGGAAUCUUUUUUUUUUAAACUUCAAUUUUUAUUGAAAUUUUUCAGCUCCACAUGUAAACAUCAAAGUAGAUAUAGAUCCAUGUAUUAGGUCCUAUGGGUGAAGUGGUCAGAAAAUCUGAUACAACUGAAAACAACAACAAAAGAAAGAAAGUACAACAGUCAUGGCUACAUGUGUCCAUUAUUAAAUUACACUGUAUACUGUCUUCUUCUUCUAUACAGAUAUAAGAGGAAAGAAUAUGAAUAAGAUACAUUUCAGGUAUUCCUAACUUUCCCAUCGCGUCCACUUCUCCCAUUUAGUCAAAAAGAAUUUCCUUCAUUCUAUGUCUAUAUAUCGUAGGGUUGUCACGGUACUAAAAUUUUCAACUCGAUACUGAUACUCAGGAAAAUAUUCGAUACUCGAUACCAUUUUAGAUACAAGGAUAAAAACAAAGACCCCAAAUUUAACAAAUAUUUUUAUUAACAAGAAAAAUGCAACAUGUAAAAAUGAACAGAACCACAGGUUAAAUAUUUAUAAUAAAAAACACUUGUGCAAAAAGAAACUGCGACUAUGAUAACAAGCUUCAGGUCUGAGGUAGUGCAAAAAAUAAAUUAAUAAAUACAAUAAACAAUAACAAUUAGAACAAUAUUUUGAGGUUGUAUGCUGUGCACAAUAUUAGGCAAGCUUGAUAAAAAAAAAUAACAAUGACUUAACUUAAGUGUUCAUUCCUUGGCUAGGUAUCGAUACUUUUGAAAAUGAGUAUUGUAUCCGGAUACAAUGUUUUAGUAUCGAUACUUUUUUGAGUAUCGAUACUUUUGACAACCCUAAGGGGAAAUAGCUUGGAUAUCUCAAGUUUCCAGAUGCUGUCCAAUUGUUUUUCUUCUUUUAUACACUUUGUUGCUUUGAUACUUUGAAACUACUGGCUAAUGUCAGUAGACAAAAAAGAGUUGUGGUCAUCCUUUACCUUUACAAUUACGGAUAUGUUUAUACUGUGCUGGGAUGGCUUUAUAGUACGAUAAAACUCCUGGUUUUAGGUUCCUCCUAAGACAGUGUGGUUGCGGUUUUAAUAGAAGUAUUGUGAAAGAAUUACUUAUUAUUUAACCAGCCACACCUUGUUUAAAACCAUCUGGAUAUUCUAAGAGAUCAUUCCCAAACACUGAUGUGUGUAAAUUCCAGUUACUGUCAUGGAUUUAGCCUCUUUAUACAGCUUUGUUUAUUUCUAAGACACAAAUGAAUUUUGCUUCAGUCUGUCUCUUUUGGUCCUCCACAUUGAGUUCACUUUCAUUGUAAUAAAAUAUAUAUUUUUAUCUU